UCCGGGAGCUGCGGACCAUGGAGCCGGUAAACGUGCGAACGUGGGUGGAGGAGAACCGGGCGGCCUUCCUGCCCCCGGUGUGCAACAAGCUCAUGCACCGAACGCAGCUCAACAUCAUGUUCGUCGGAGGCCCUAACCAGCGGGAGGAUUUCCACAUUGAAGAGGGCGAAGAGGUUUUCUUCCAGCUGGAGGGCGACAUGGUACUCCGAGUGGUGGAGGCCGGCCAUCAUCGGGAUAUUCACAUCCGGGAAGGGGAGAUGCUGCUGUUACCGGCACGGAUCCCGCACUCCCCGCAGAGGUUUGCCCGCACCGUGGGCCUCGUCGUCGAGCGACGGCGGCUGAGCACUGAGACCGAUGGGCUCAGGUACUACGUGGGCGAGUCCACGGAUGUGCUGUACGAGAAGUGGUUUCACUGCGAGGACUUGGGGAAGCAGCUGAUCCCGAUCAUUCAGGCUUUCCUCGACUCCGAACAACACCGCACCGGCAAACCCGACCCAGACGAGCAUUGCAGAGAGACCCCGUUCCCGCUGAAUCCCCAGGCGGUGAUGGCCCCGUUCUCCUUCCGGUCUUGGCUUGAUGCCCACCGUGGGGCCCUCAAGCAGGGGCAGACCUGCAACCUGGUUGGAAACACCUUUGAGACAGAGGCAGAAGUCCAUGGCCGGGGAGAUAGUAAAGGCAGAAAGCUGAAUGCAGACAUCUGGAUCUGGCAGCUGGAGGGCGAGUCCACAGUGACCUUGGAUGGGAAGACCCUGAGGCUGAAUCCCCAGGAUAGCCUCUUGGUGCCAGGGCAGACCCGGUUUGACUGGGCUCGAGCCGAAGGCUGCAUCGCGCUGUCCGUGGCUCAGGACCCCGCCCGCAAGAGACCCUACCCCUGACACACCCCCCCCCCUCCCGCCCUGAGACCCCCGGGCCGAAGCCCGGGACCCCCCGCGCGGACAAGAAGUUUCCGCCCCUUCCUCGGGGCACCUGAAUAAAAGGAAUC